AUGAACAACUUUGACUACGCAUCGAACCAACUACCACAUUCACAUUCACAUUCACAUUCACAUUCACAUUCACAUUCACAUUCACAUUCACAUUCACAUUCACAUUCACAUUCACAUUCACAAUCACAAUCACAAUCUCAAUCUCAAUCUCAAUUACAAUCACAAGAACAAGAACAAGAACAAGAACAUGAAGAUGAACAACCUGCACAGUGUCCUACAAACGGACUUGCUAAUUUUAGUUUCUCCAAUACCCCAUCAACAUCUUCGCGACUCUUUCAACAACAACUCAUGAGAAACUGUCCAGUGAACUUGGGUAUCCCCAGCGCAGAACCCGAAAAAACAAAACUACCCAUUCUGCUUUCAUCCCCACCCCUCUCUCCACGCGACACAUCUUGGAUGAAGCUUAGUGUAAAGCGUAGCCUCGAUGACACAGAAACUACGGAUGCCAUGGGAGGUUGUGAUUUUGAUAUGGACUCAGAGGAGGCUGGUCAACAUAUUAAUAACUAUGAGCAUUCUGGUCGAACCUUUAAGAAAAUUAAAAGCAUUGGCGGUAAUAGUGACCAACAAUCUCAUUCUGACCAGCUUGAACAUUUAACUCAAAACUACUCGGACCCGCCAACCCCACAACCCAUUGUUGGUGGCGUUGCUGGACUUUCAUUACAAAACAAUAUCGGUAGUCAAAACAAAAUGGCCAUAAAUAUGCUCCAGCAAAAUCUGACUAAUAUAUCUCAAGCUCAGCAGCAACAAAAUGGAAUGCUGCCUACAACUCAUUUUCAUAUGAAUCCUCAUCAUCAGCCUUCUCCGGGAUUAGAAUCGCAUCAACAGCAUCAGCAACUGAAUACAAAUUAUUCUCUAGAAUCAUCUUCAUCAGGAACUCAAUCUCACUUUGCAUUUUUUACAGAUUCGUCUUCUUCAUCUUCAUCUUCUUUAUCUAGCAUGACAAGUGUUGACUUUAAGAGUCACUACGGUAAAUACCAUCAUCCACACCAUUACCAUCACAAUCAUAAUUAUCAUCAUCAUCAUCAUAGCAUAUUACAUCAAGAUAACAAAGUUAAUCUAUCACACCACGAGCAUUUAGAUACACAAUCAGUUUUGGCAUCUACAAACUUGCAUUUAGGCCACGAACAGGAGCAGGAGCAGGAGCACAGCGGGCUUAAAGUGCCGCCACCGCCGCCACCACCGUUCAGCAUGCAUUUCAGAAUGGGGUAUCGGCCAACGUGUGAAAAAUGUGUAAAUAAAGUUCCUGGUCAUUUUUCCCAUUUGGAUUAA